CUGUUGAAAUAUACAUAUAGCCAAGUUAACUAGCGAUGGCAAAAUAAAAAAUGUUGGCACACAGUUUUUCGGCUAUGUUAGUAUUGUAAAAGUGUGUUAAAAUCUUACUAGAUAGACUCCAACAAUUUUGUGCUUAGAAAGUAUGGUAAAGGUUCAGGGGAGCGGCUUUUGCGAAAACGUGCACCAUUUUAUUUUACGAACAUGUAUAUAAUGCUUGAAUAUAUAUAUGCGCUCGAAAAAAAAUAACCCUGGUCGGUCCAAAACCCCGGUGUUCAUAAUUUYUCUGUGUGCAAUAAGAGUGAAUUAUAAAUUUUCCGAUUAUAUAUUUCACAUAUUUACCAAUUCCCGAACAGACUCGAAUAUCGAGAGUAUCGAUAUUUUAAUUUUUUUUAAUAAUGUAUGAGCAUUGUAGAACAUUAGCAACAUAGCGUUAACAACACUGAAUAUUUGAUUUUUAAAUAUUUCAAACUGAACUAUUGCAUGCGCAAUUGAAAUGGAUUCGAUAAACAUGUGUCGUGCAUGUCUAUUGCCCGAAGGACGAGCUCAUCUAUUAGAUUGGUAUCAGCCUGUUGACUCAUUGGAAUAUGUUUUAUCAUACAAAGAGUGCUUUUGCAAAUGCACUCAAAUAUCAACGAUCGAAAAUAAUGAUAGGCAAUCCCAAUUUUUGUGCUACUGUUGUGCAAAAAAGCUUAUAGAAGCUUAUAAUUUUAUUGAAAAGGCGAAGCAAGCAGAUAACGAAUUACGUUGCAUGAAGACUCGGCUUAUUCCAAUUGAAGAUGUGCCAAAGCGAUUUGAAUGGGUAUCAGUUAAAGCAAAACAAAUUGAUGGUGAGAAAUCUGCAGAAAAUACUACUGAAAGCAAGUGUUGGAUUGACGAUAUGCAGAUCAAUAAUGUAUGUCAUGAAAAUGAACAAAGAGACAGUGAUUUGAAGGCCGAAAAUGCAUUUGGACGUCAGUGCUAUGAUGAACAUGAAACGGAAUUAUUAAACCAAGAUGAAUUCGACAGCUUCUCUAAUAACACAUUUAAACGUAAAAUUAGAAAAAUUAAAGUUCAUGCAAAAACUAAAAUGAAAUUGAAAAAAAUGGAUGAAUUGGUUAAUUGCGAAGAAUGUAAAAAAACUAUGACAAGGAAGGCAUUGAUAAAACAUAAACCACGCCACAAACCCAAAGUUUUCCUUUGUCAAGCCUGCCCAAAAACGUUUCGCGAAUCCAAUGGUUUAAAAAACCAUGAAAUUAUUCAUCAAGAAAAUCGGGAACGGUAUCCAUGCGAUAAGUGUAACCAAACAUUUUUAUCACCAUAUUCCUACAAAAAACACAUACAAACGCAUGAAAACAAUAGAAAACCGAUUUAUAAAUGCACACAGUGCGAAAAAUCCUUUCUACAUAAAAACGGUCUAACAAUCCACGAACUUCAUCACAAGGGGGCCUCAAUCGAAUGUAAUAUAUGUCAAAAACGAUAUGUCCGACAAAUAGAUCUGGAUACUCACUUGCGAASCCAUUCUGGAGAAUCUCCAUUUAUGUGCCAUAUAUGUGGAAAAUCAUUUAUUCAUAAACGUAUUCUAAACCGACACUUGCAGUAUCAUGAAUUAUACUUUAGUUACACUUGCUUGACCUGUGGCGAAAAAUUCUCAAAGUACGACAAAUACUACUCACACCGCAUGCGGCACACUGGCUUACCUUAUAAAUGUGGUGCAUGUGGGAAACAAUUCCCUGACGCAUAUAAAAUUAAACGCCAUAUUAAAGGAGUGCACAAAGUUGAGAAACACGAUGACUUAGAAAAUCUUGUAGUGAGAAUAAAUAUAACUAAAGAACAUAGAGGCCGAAUUGUGGAAGUUUUAAAGAAUCCAGAGGAGGAGAAUCCAACUUAAUUUAAAGUUAUCCAAUUAACAAUAAAAUGAACAGCAGAUGUUUUUCAUUCUUCAUUAUUGGGACAAAAACAAUUGACAAAUGAGAUCAACGAGAAUUGAAAGAAAUUUUUGAUUUCCUUUUUAUAUAAUUACACGUGGUUGAAAAUACCGCAGUCAAAAGUUUCACAAAAACUCGUGAACUUAUCCUCAAAGAAAAUCAAGAAAAGUUUACGUGCGAUAAAUGAAACAAUCUCGACACCGUAUUCAUAUAAAAAUAACGUAAUGCGGAUAAUCAAAAUCGAAAAUUUAGAAUUCCGACAGUCAAAAUGCCGACAAAUCAAGAAAAUGUGGCCGUUGUUCGUUCGAGGCCCUGMGGCCUCCGGCCACGAACUGACCAAGGGUUAUGAGUCAAUAGAAUUCUCUUUUUGUGCUUCGAUAGCAAUAAGAGCGGAAAAGGUAAAAUAUUUUUCACAUGUCGGGAUUUUGGUUUGUCGGUUUUUUGAUGUUGGUUGUAUGUUGGUAUUUUGACGUGUCGGAGUUGUGAGCUUCGAUUUUUAACUGUAUCCUGGUUCUCAUUGUGAGAAAUCAUUUCUUCAGCAAUUUAUCAAAUUCUUUACAAAGGAGCUAUAAUAAAUGUAACAUUUGUGAUAAAAUUAGAUCAAAAUAAUCACUUAUUUGUACAGAUCUAAACCAAUUGCACAAAGCAGCUCAUUAUAAACUUUGAGAUAAUAAAUAUGUUUUAUAAAUACAUAAAUAUAUACAUGUAUACAAAUA